AUGGCAGAGGAAAAACAAGUCGACAACAAGCUUCCUGAUCCAUCGGAUUUUCCCGACGGCGGCUGGAAGGCCUGGUCGGUCGUCCUAGGCGCUUGGUCGUGCCUUUUCUGCAGUUUUGGGUGGAUCAAUUCCAUUGGACUUUUCCAGACCUUCUACCAGGAUGAGCUGUUCCAGACUUACGCACCCAGUUCCAUCGCCUGGAUCACAUCCGUCGAGACAGGAACCAUGUACAUUACAUCGCCUGUAUAUGGCAAAAUCUAUGACAAUUAUGGGCCCAAGCCCCUGGUGUACGGGGGCGCCUUUCUCCAUGUCUUCGGGCUGAUGAUGGCCUCGCUUGGAACAGAAUACUACCAAAUCUUCUUGGCGCAGUCAAUUUGCAGUGCCCUUGGUGCGGCAGCACUAUUCUCUGCUGGACUGGGACCGGUGGGGUCGUGGUUUCUGAAGAAUCGAGCAUUGGCUUUUGGAGUAGUUGCUUCGGGGUCUUCGCUGAGCGGGUGUUUAGUUCCAAUCAUCGUAACGCGACUAAUCCCCCGUAUUGGAUUCCCAUGGUCCAUGCGCAUUUGCGCCUUCAUGUUCCUUGGUCUGUUGCUUCUUGCGAUGAUUUUCCUGGAGCCGCGCGUGCCGCCACAGCCUAAACCAUGGAAUAUCAAGGAUUUCCUGCUUCCGUUGAAAGAACUGCCCUUUCUCACCACCACGAUCGGGUUGUGUCUGUUCUCUUGGGGCAUGUUUGUCCCGUUCAACUUUCUAGUGCUCGAGGCGCAGACGCACGGGAUGAGCCUGUAUCUGGCUAAUUACCUCAUUGCCAUUUUGAACGCUGUCAGGUAUCCAUCCAUCACCCUUCGGUUUUCAAGCAUGGUUGACAAAAACAGUAUAUUCGGUCGCAUUAUCCCCGGCUGGCUCGGUGACCGAAUCGGACGCUUCAACAUCGCCAUUCUGACCACGGGAACAUCGGCUAUAUUAGUCCUGGUUUUGUGGAUUCUCGCGAAACAUUCCGCCACCACAAUUGUCUUUGCCGCCUUCUUUGGCUUUAGCUCUGGAACAUUUGUGUCCAUCACACCAGCGUUGAUCCAACAGCUAUCUGCGGUGCAGAACGUGGGGAUCCGCCUUGGGACGUGCUUCGGGAUUAUGAGUUUAGCCACCUUUACAGGAAAUCCGAUUGCUGGGGCACUGAUUGCACGUGAUGAUGGGAGCUAUUUGUAUCUGAAGAUCUUCAGCGGUGCGGCUAUGGCAGCAGGGUGUGGGAUGUUGAUUGUUUCGAGGACAAUUCAGGUUGGGUUGAAUUGGGGGAAGAUUUAG